CGUUCCAAUUAUACUCACUGGAAGAGCAGCUCGACUUCCUUCCCGCCAAACGCUUUUAAACAUAAAAGUACCGAGCACUAUCUCAAACAUUAAAUGGAUAGAAAUGGUUGCAGACUGCUCAGUUGAAAAAAUGCAAGCCAGUGAAGAGAGAACUCCACCAAAGGACUUGAAAGAAGAAUAUCCAGAUAAUUUUGAAAAUUCUGAGUCAGGUUCUGAUUAUGAAGGUUCUUCAGCAUCAGAAAAGAGUGAGUCUGGUUCCGACUCAUCGGAGACAGAAUUAGACGCUGGUGAAAAAACUGCUGGAGGUGACCAGCCAAAUGAUAAUUCAGAGCAAGCUGCAGAUGGCCCCCACUUGCAAAGUCCAGCACCAGGAGACUGCAGCACUGAAGAACCAACAGCAAAAAAUCCACCAGACUCAGGCUUAUAUGUCGAGCCAUCAUGUCCUAACUGUAACUGUCAAAUGAAUCAAAAUUUUGAACAAGUAACACCUAGACAGAUUUCAAAGGAACGUUUUUGUUUGAAGUUGGAUCAUGAAGGAACCUAUCAGUGUGUUGCGACUGGUCUAGUAUUUGAAGUGACAGACAAAGCUGACAUAAUUUACUCAAUUCUGUCUUGGUAUAAAUAUGACACAUUUCUGGGGAAAGAUUGGAAACUUUGUGGCCCACUGUUUGAUGUGAAGAGUGAUCCAGCCUUACUAAAGAGCAUUUACUUCCCUCAUUCCCUCUGCUUGGCAGAUCAUUUGUCUGAUUUACAAUUUGGAAUUUUACACAUAAAGAACAAGAAACCCGAAAUAGAGCCAACUACUGAUCAUUCAACAACACAUGUUCAGUGGAAAGUCAGCUCCUUGUCACCAGUUGGGCCAAUUUUUCAGACCUCUUCUGAGGGCAUUCAACAUCACGGGGUUGUGCUGAUUUACAAAGUCAUUAACAACCUCCAGUCCUUAUUAUUUCAUGUAUAUAUGGCAGCAAACAAUGACUCUGUUAUUAAGGAUAUCACAAAGGCUGAAAAACAUUCGAAACAGAAAUCUGUAAAAAUUGAUAAACCUACUCCAUGUCACAAAAAGCUGAUUAUUGGCAAAAUAUAUCGACUCCUGAGUGACCCUCAAGCUGAGAUAAUUCCUGGGGACAUUGAAUUCAUAGACAUGACACCUCUUAAAUGUAAAAGUUACUUUGAAGUAUUUUUGGAACAAGCAGAAGACCUUCAACUAACGCUGAAGGACAUAGAUUCAGGUGAAACAAUGUGGACCUCAAAACUGCGGGAGUGUGACUGGGCAAACCAUGAACAGAAUGACCAAGGAAAAUCAAGAGACAUUAACAAAAACAGGAGAAGGAAAUCAAGCAGUGACUGCUUUCUGGAAGAGAACAGUUCCAAAAGGCUACGAUGGAAUGAUACAACAGAUGGACAAACAUGCAAUAAGAAUAACAUUAUUACUGAGAAGCAGUUAAUGCAGUUUGCUGCAAAACUGGGGAGUAAUUGGCAAGUCUUUGCCAUUAGUUGUCUUGAUCUGCAGUCCCAAGAUAUUGAGAAAAUUAAGGACAAAAAUGCAGAGCCUACAAUACAAAUAUUUCAGAUGUUACAAACAUGGAAAAAUAAGGAACUGAACAAUGCAACGCCUUCCAAUCUUUGGAAAAAACUCAUAGACGCUAAUAUUGAACCUGAAGCCAGGAUUCUCCUAGAAGGUUUCUGUAAUCAAUAAGGAUGCAUGAGGAACAUGAUGAGUAGACUAUGUGAGGAGAAGUCUUUAAAAUCCAUUAUGGAACCAUUGCCACAAUCAUUUGCAGUUUGCCUAAUUGCAGAUUACAUUUUUCUACAUUGUCUAUUUUAUAAAAAAGCAGGAACUUAAAAUGAAACAUUAAUUUUUGUACAUUACUAUUUGAAUAAGAAACUAUAGACAAGUUGCUUUUACAAAAACAUUAAAUAAAUUGGUAAAUGUAUAUAUUUCUUUAAAAAUGUGGACUUUUGUUUAUCUCUUAUAAGCAGUGAGCUUCAUUUGUAUAUAAUGUAAAGCUUUCUAGACUCUUAAAGCAAUAAGCCGAUGUAAAAUGUGAUUACAAAGUGGCACAGAAAAUGUACAGAGAUCUGUUUUGAAUGCCUAGAAAGCUUACUUUUAAAUUGAUGUUUAGAAUUUUAGUCACAGUCAUGUCUUUUUCAUUGAGAAAUUAAAAUAAAAUCAAGUUUUAUAUGAAA